AUGGAUCCUUUCGCUUCCGUUUCCGUGUGCCGCCUCCACCCGGGCGUCGCCGUCACCGGCUUCUGCCCAGCCUGCCUCCGCGACCGCCUCGCCGGCCUCCACCCUCCCUCCGCCGCCGACCUACGCCGCUGCAAGUCCUUCUCCUACGCGCGCUCUGCAGCCGCGGUGGAGCCGCAGCGCCGCUCCUGCGAUCUCUUCCGCCACGGUCAGCCCAUCGCGGCGGCGGUGCAGGAGGAGGAGGAGGAGGACCAUCACCAGCAGGAGCCCGGCCGCUCACACAGUCACCAACAACCCAAAAAGUCGUCGUCCUUGGGCGGCCUCCUGGGCAAGAAGCUGCAGCAAUGGCGCCGCAAGAGCAAGAAGGAGCCUGUGGCCGUGGUCAUUCCCGUGCCGCUGCCGGAGAUGGAGAUGCCCGCCCGGCACCGUCCCUCCUGCGACGCGGACCCCCGCCAAGCUUCGUGGGACGCCCGGUCGGGACCCGUGCCGGCGCUCGGCCGCCUGCCGGCCUCCAUGCUGUCCUUGCCCGUGGAGGAGGACGAGGACUACGACGACAGCAUGGCAGCGCCGCCGGCGGUCCCGCGCUCCGAUGGGCAAAUCCCCGUGGAGGAAGACUACUGCUACUACUACGACAACAAUAUCAAUGCUGCGGCUGCGGCUGCGGCGGCGGUGCCCGGCGGCUCCGUGCAGACGAGGGACUACUACCUGGACUCGUCCAGCUCCAGCAGGAGGCGCCGAAGCGUGGACCGCUCCACCACCUCUGGGCGCAACUCCUUCUCCGACGCCAACAACAGCGAGGCGACGUGCAGGAUGAUGAUGAUGAAUGUCAAUGCCAGGGUGUCACCGGCGGGUAUCGCCGCAGAGAGGCUGUACCACUACCAUGAGGCCCACCACCAUCAUCAUCAGAGCGUGCUUGUCCAUCAUCAGUACUGCAGCAGGGAAGACGAGGAGGAGCUGCAGCAGCAGGGGCCCAACAAUCUCCGCGCCGACGACUUCUCCGGGAGCUUCGGAUCGGGGUUCCCGUUCCGGGAUGGCGUUUGCAAUGGCGUGCCAGCAAGCAAGCCUAAUAAGAAGGGGAUCAAGGGGUGGAGCAUCUGGGGCCUCAUAAGCAAGAAGAGCAGCAGCAGCAGCAGCAGCAGCAGGAAGUACUCUGCAGAGGCAGCGGCAGCAGCUGGGGGAGCAGGAGGAGGAGGAGGAGGAGAUGAGUACGAGUACCCAUGGCCGGAGCUCCGGGCCAGGGGGUACAACGGGCAGAUGCUCCGGUGCAACAGCAGCCUAAGCGCGAGAAGCUCCUUGAGCGGCACUGGGAUUGGGAGCGGGAAUCUGAGUGGGAGGAGGAGCAUCUCUGGUGUGGAGAUGCGUGAUGCCGCCGCCAGGUAUAACAAUAACAAUGGCGGCUUCAGGACGAGGAGGGACGAGGUCCUGCUGGAGAGGAACCUGAGCACGACGAGGUCGCCUUCUUACUCGAGAUCAGGGCAUCAUGACCUUGAUCCGGCAAUGGCGCCGCAGAUGGGAGUGGGAAUGGGAAUGCAAUACCACCAGCAGCAGCAGUUGCCUCCACCAACCAGGCGCUCCUCUUCCAAUUCCAAACAUGAAUUCAGCUCGUUGCCUGCUAAGGCCAAGACUAGGAGGAGCACGCUUGGACUCUAG